AUGGAAAAGGGAAUAUUUGUUUCCACCUCAUCAGGAAAUGAGGGUCCAUACAUUGGAACUCUGCACAAUGGAACACCUUGGGUCCUCAAUGUUGCUGCUGGAACAGUUGAUCGCGAAUUCGGGGCCAAUUUGACACUUGGAAAUGGAACCUCUGUUGGGGGUUUGUCUCUCUACCCAGGAAACUUUUCUUCAUCUGAUGCAUUCCCAAUUGCAUUCGUGGAUUGCGAAAGUGAGAAGGAAUUGAAGAAAAUAGGGAACAAGAUUGUUGUGUGUCUCGAAACUAUUGAUAAGCUGAAUGAACAAUUUUACACUGUGGGUAAUGCAAAAGUCAUUGGUGGGUUCUUCAUAACAAACAACACUGAUUUAGAGUUCUUAACCGAAAGCAGAUUUCCAUCAGCUUUUUUCAAUCUUGUCGAAGGUCAAAAAAUUUUGGACUACAUCAAGAGCGAGUCUGAUCCCAAAGCAAGCGUUGCAGAUGAACUUGUUGCUGAAUUUUCAAAUCCUAACAGUGGUGUUGCAUCUUCAGACCAGCAACAAUACGAUGAGAAAAACAUUCAGCGAAGGGUGUACGAUGCUCUAAAUACCGAACAUCUUGGACUUAGAAAUCGGAUUGAAAAGAAAUCAGCGUAUUCGGAAGAGCUCAAGGAACAAUACAUAGGUCUUCAAAACCUCAUACAACGCAAUGAGCAACUGUAUGGCUCAGGAAAUGCCCCUACUGGUGGUGUGGCCUUACCUUUUAUAUUGGUGCAGGUACAACAAAGUUGCUUACCUGGAGACCGACGUUGGGCAGACGGAAUUUACUCCUCCUGGUAUUCUUUCGCUUACUGUGGUUGA